CUCCAGUUUUGCACAGGUGUACUGGCUCCUCCCCUUCAGUCUUGCACAGGUGUACCUGCUCAUCUCUUCAGUCUUGCACAGGUGUACAGGCUCCUCCCCUUCAGUCUUGCACAGGUGUACCGGCUCCUCCCCUUCAGUCUUGCACAUGUGUACCAGCUCCUCCUCUUUAGUCUUGCACAGGUGUACCGGCUCCUCCCCUUCAGUCUUGCACAUGUGCACUGGCUCCUCCUCUUUAGUCUUGCACAGGUGUACUGGCUCCUCCCCUUCAGUCUUGCACAGGUGUACCGGCUCCUCCCCUUCAGUCUUGCACAGGUGUACCGGCUCCCCCCUUUCAGUCUUGCACAGGUGUACCGGCUCCCCCCCUUCAGUCUU